AGUGAAUGGCGUAGCCUUCGGAAUAAUUUCAAGCUUGUCUCUAAUUCAGGCACUAAUAAAAGCUGAAGUAAAAAAUAGAUGUAGACUAUGAUCAAAAUACUGAAGCAAAAUAAUAGAAACUCACUUUUGAUUAGUGAUUCUUCAUCAAUUCAAAUAUAUUUUUCCCCAAGUCACGCUUCACUUUUUAUUCGUCAGGCCACAGCUCAUUUCAAACCAUCUAAUAUAUUUUUAUGACUAUAUAACUUUCCAAAUUUUCCCCUUCAUUAGGUAGGCUACUUCAAUGUCACAUGAAAUCUAAUGUCUUGAAACUCAGAAAGCGUGCCGUAGUUGGUCUCUCACAUAAAUAUUAACGUACCUAUAAGUUGUAAGUAGAAUAAUUUUUAGCAUUAUUGUUCAGAUGAUUUAUUUUUUCCAAAAAUAACCUUUUUUAUAUGAAGCGAUGAUGCAUUAUGUGAAAGUAUUUAUGGCUAUUGCCGUCAUGUCAAGUAUUCAUGAAAAUGCUUUUGGCCAAUCAUUAGGCUAUGGCAGCUGUCCAAAUGUGGACGCGCUAGGACACUUCGAACCGGAAAAGUACACUGGUAGAUGGUAUGAGAUUGAACGAGUCAUCAGCACGUUUCAUCCGUGCGGAUCGUGUGUUACUGCCGAUUAUGAUGCUGAGAAAGAUAGCAGUGGCAAACCCACUGGAAACAUACUUGUCACAGAAACAAUGACUAAUUGGCUUGGGUACAUUAAAUCAAAAAGCGGCAGGGCUGUGCCAUUGGACAAGUCAACCACAGAUGCAAAAUAUGUUGUCUCCUUUCAAGGUGCUUCCUCAAACAGUUCUUAUUGGGUACUGAACACAGAUUAUAGCACGUACAGUGUUGUCUACUCAUGCACUUCAGUGUGGGGUCUUUAUAAUCUCAAGUAUUUGUGGUUGCUAGCAAGAGACCCAGAACCCUCGCUGUAUGUUCAACAGAAAAUGCAAUCAGUUCUUCAAAGCAAGGGUUUAUCCAGUUAUCUACUCUUCAAGACCAACCAGAAAAACUGCCAAUACACAUGAGCUCAUAUAAUUUAUAUGUCUCAUAUUUGCACGUUCUACGACCAUGGAUCUUAAGAUCAUGUUCUAUUAUUUUUCAAGUUGUAAACUGAAAUAAAAACUAAAACUUGUAAUG